AUGAGAAAAGGGUUAAUAUAUAGGACAAUUGUUUGUAACAUUUUACUUAUCUUAAUCGAAAAGAGUCAUCAGAAUAAUAUAUACAAAGUAAACGGAAAUAAUGAAAACUUCGAGUUUUCACAUUUGAAUUUUUUUUCAAAGAACAAUGAAGGUUUAAAAUUUGCAAAGAAGAAAUUUUCUAAAGGUGUUAAUUUAUCACCUGAAAAAUAUUCUGAUAAUAAUAAAGAUAAUGAUUAUUCUUAUAAAUAUUAUGAUAGUAGUAGUAGAAGAAAAAGAGAUAAUAAAAAGAAUAAACCUUCGUCAAAUUUAUUUAGACCGAAUUUAUUUGUUACAUUGAAUGAAAAACGUUUUACUAACCAUCCAACACAUGCUUCUUUCAUAAAUAAAAUAAAAGUAACGGGUCCCAAUGAGGUUAAUAAUAAUCCCAUAAGUUUUAUUAUAAAAUCUUUAUCUGAUGAUUUAAGAAAUAAUAAUAUUAUUGAAAAUGAAGAUCCUAAAUUAUUAGAUGAUAAUAAUUUAUAUCAAAUAGAUAUGAUAGAUGAGAAUGGUAAUUUAAAAUUUUCUUUAUACCCACAUUAUGUGAAUAUAAAUGCAUGUAAAGAAAUGAUUCAUUAUAGUACUUAUUAUAAUGAAGAAACUCAAUUUAUGAAUAGUACUUUAUAUAAAAUAAUAGAACCUUUAUCUAAAUAUAUGCAUGAAAUUAAAAGUAAAUGUUUGAAUGAAAAGAAUAAUUUAUUAAAUGAAAUACACAAUUUAGAGAAUCCUAAAUAUUAUAAGAAUAAUGAACAAGAUAUUUAUGAGAAGAAUAUAAAAAAUUAUCAAUUAUUAAGAAAUAAAUUUGAAAAUUGCUUAAAUAAAUUUAAUGAAAAUAUAAAUAAGAAAAUUUAUGAAAUGAAUACAAAUAUACGAAAUAUGUUAGGUCAUACAAUUUGUAUAAAUAAUACAUGUGAUUUAAAAAAUUACAAUUUGAUUGUUGAAUUAUAUUUAUAUCAUAUUAACGAAUUACCUGAAAAGACUUAUCAUAAUCAUUUAAAUCAUGCAAAAGAACUAUUAGAAUUUUCUUCUAAUGCUAUAAAUGAUAUGGAUAAGAGUAUAAUAGGACAUAAGGAAAUUUUAUAUUCUAUUAAUUUUGUUCAGUUAGAAAUUCAGGAUAUUAUAAAGAGAUAUAAAUUUCAUUUAAAUCAUAUUAACAAGGGAAUAAGUGAAAUAAAACAUAUAUCAACUAAUCAAUCACGUUUAUCUAAUAUUAAUAAAACGGUACUUAUGAACAAAAGUUUUGAACUAGCUAAAACAUUUUCAAACUUUAAAAUUAGUACAGAAAUUCUUGAUAUGUUAAAUAAUUUAUUGAAUAGGAAAAAAGGUAUAUUACAGGAAUUAUUAAACUCAUUAAUGGAGGACAUAAAAAUACAAUUGAAUAGAAUAUUAUCUCCCAACAAUUUAGAUUCAAAAUAUGAGAAUAUAACAUCUAAAGCUAAUACAACUUUAAAAACAGCUGAAAAAUGUUUAUCAGAAAAUAAAUGGAAAAUAAAAGAUUAUGAAAUGGUUUCUACCUUAGAAAUGAUAAAUGUAAAAAAUAGUGGAUAUGAAAAAUUAUAUAAAUUAGAAAAAUCUAUAAACAAAUUAAAGAAAUUACUUAAUGAUAUAAAUAUAAAAUUUCAAAUUAUUAAAGAUGCUAAAAUAAAAUUAGGUGGAUUAGAUGAAAAUAAAUCAACUGAUAUUAAUGGACAGAAAAAAAAUAUAAUGAAUCUUUUACAUAUUAUAGAAAAUAUAAAAGAAAAUGAUAAAAUACAAAAUUUAGAACAUUAUGUUAUAGAUAUUAAUAAUAUAAAUUCAGAAAUUACUUUGUUAAUAGAAAAUGUAGAAAAUUCUUUGAGUGAAUUAAUGAAGUUAAAAGAAGAUGAAGAUAAUAAAAAUGCCUUAAUUAUAGAAAUAAAAUCAAAAAUGGAUAGUAUAAAUGAAAAGUUAAAACAUAUGUAUGAUAUUAUACAUAUAAAUGAUACAAUAAAUAAUACAGUAUUAGAAAUUGAAAAAAUAAUUGAUGAAAAUUCAUUAGUUCUAAAUGAUUAUAUAACAAAAAAAAAUAACAUAUUAGAUAAUAUAAAUAGUAUUAAUAAGAAUUUUUUUAAUAAUCAUAAUAAUAAUAAUAAUAACAUAAACAAUACACAUCAUCAUCAUUAUAAUAAUUUGAAAAAUUUUGUUAAAGAUAGAAAAGAUUUUAUAGAUAAAAAUGUAAAUUAUAUAUAUGAAUAUCAUACCACUCAAGAUAUUAAUAUUAUGUUAAAUAAUACUGUUACAGAAUACAACAAAUUAGAAUUUAUCAAUUCAGAAGUUUUUGAUAAUGUUUCUAAGAAAUUAAAAGAAGAAUUACAAAAUCUUGUGACACUUAAAGAAAGCUUAAUGAAUAUGAAACAAAAUGUGUUAAAAAUUGAUCCUCUAAAAAAUUUAAAUAGACUGUUGGAAAAAUAUGAAGAAUUAAAAAAAGUUAUAAAUGAAUAUUCAGAUGAACAACCCAAAUUAGAUGAUUUUAAAAAGAAAAUGGAAAGUCGAUUAAAUGAAUUUAUUACAGAUUUAAAUAAAAAUGAUCAAACUUUAGAUGAUGGAAAAAAUAUAUAUGAUCAAUUUGUAGAAUAUAAAGAACAAUUAUUAAUAAAAAAAAGAAUUAUUAUAAAUAAUGAAAUUGUUAUAAUUAAUGAUGAAGUAAAAAAAAUCAAGGACCAAUUAAAAAGCCAUAACAUUUUAUCAUAUAAGUUAGAAAAUGGUUCAACCGGUGAUGUAGAUACAUCUGAAGAAAGUACACCUAAUUCUAAUGUUCCUUUGGCUGUGUCUAAUUCUUCUUCUAUUUUUUCUACAUAUAAACCUAAUGAAUUAAAUAAAUUAAUUGAAUUUUUUUCUGAAAAGGGAAAUGAAGUAAAUGUUGAAAGUAAAAUAAAACAAGAUGAAAGCAUUUUUAUUGAAAAGAAUAAAAUAUUCGAUGAUAUAAUAAAAGAUAUUGAAUUAUAUAAUAAGAAAACCAAUGCGAUAAAAAUCUUAAAUAAAGCUAUAAAUGGAUCUAUGAAUAAUUUGUCUAUAAUUGAUGCAGCAAUAAAAAAUAAGAAGAGAAUAGAAGAUAAAUUAUCUCAAAGAUCUUAUUUAAUACAGACGGAUAAUUUUAUAGAUAUAUAUGAAAAAAUAUUUUUAAAAGAUAAUUUAAAUAAAGGUUUAGUUGAGACCGAAAAUAGAUUAUCUAAUACUUAUAUGAAUGAUCUAAAGGUAGAAGCCCAAAAACAAAAUGAGCAUUAUAAUGAAUUAAAAAAAAAUAUAAAUACAUAUGAUGAUGCAUUUUUAGAGAAAUUAAUGGGAGAUAAUUAUGAAUGGGAAGUUCUUAAAAUUGAAUUAAAUGGUUUAAAUAUAAAUUAUAAUAUAUUACAAAAAAAUAUAGAUACUUUAAUUAUUAAGCCUUAUAUAGACCAAAUUGAUCAUAUUACAUUAUUAAUAAAAUCCUUGAAACAUAAAAUAGACAAUAAAAUUAAGAAAAUGAUUACUACUUUAGAAAGGUUUAAAGAAUCUGUUCAAAAAAAUUUUAACACUAAGAAUAUAAAAUUAGAUGAAAGUAAAAUUAAUAAUGGUUAUAAUAACAGGGAAGGCAAUCAUAAGAAAAUUUUAGAAGAUAAAAAAGAGGAUUUGUUUAAAAAUAUUGAUGAAAAAAUAUAUGAAGUCGAAAAACUAAAAAUAAAUUUAGAAGAAAAUAUGAAUAAAACUAAACACGAAAUAGAGAAUAUGAAUAUAAGUUAUGGAAUUAAAAAAAACAAUUUGAUUGAUAUAUAUGAAAGUAUUAAUGGUAUAUUAAAUUCUAUUAUUACAAUGGAUGAAGAGUUAUAUAAAUUAACAAAUGUGGAUGAUUUAAAAAUAUUAUAUGAAAUAAUAUUAAUAGAAGAGAUUAAUGAAAAAAUAAGAAAUGAAAUCAAAGAAGCCACUGUUGAACUUGUAGAAAUUGAAUUGUAUAAAGGAAAAAUUGCUCUUAGUAUGAAAAAUUCUAUAAGUGAAGAUAUAUCAAAACUUACAUCAUUCAAAUAUAAUGAAUUAUAUGAUAAAUGUAUUACCAAAGAUAAAAAUAUAAAAGAGCUUUAUGAAAAAGCAUCUUCAUUAUUAGAAGCUUCAUGUAAACAUAAAAAUAUGGAUAUUAUUAAAAAAAACAAAUCAGUUCUGGAUGAAUACUUAAAGACAUCUAUUCAAAAUAAUAAUGAUAUUAAAAAUAAUUUAACUAGUUUAAAAAGUAUGUAUAGCAUAUUACAAAAUAAUGAAUUUGACGCAGUUACUCGAUAUAUAUUAGAAAAUAGUAAUAAAUGUGAAGACUAUGCUAAAGAAUUAGAACUUGAAUUAGAAAAAGAAAAUUCGUUAACAAAAAAAAUGAAAUUAAAAAUUAAAAAAGCAGAAGAUUACAAAAAUAAAGCUUUAGGUACUAAAAAACAUGAAUCAAUCGAUAUAUAUAUAAGAAAUAUUAAAACAAUAAAACAAGAAAUUUCUAAUAUACAAUCUGAUAUAAUGAAAUGCAUUAAAAAUUCGUAUGAUAAUAAAACUAAAAGUAUAUUACAUUUUCAAAAUGUACAUAGAGGUACAGAUCUUAUUAAUAUUUUAAAUAAGAAGAAAAACGUAGUUCCAGGAUCAUCAGAACGUGCAAAUAUAUCAUCACAAAAUGAAAGUGAAAACAUUGUUGAUUACUAUCAAAAAUGUAAAACAUAUUCAGAAGAAGCUUCCAAUAAUUAUGUUGAAAUAUCCUCUAGAAAAGAUUCGUUAUUACAGUUUGAAAAGGAAAUAACAAAUAUACUAAAUGAUGUUUUAAUUUUUAAUAUGAAAAAAACGCUUGAAAAUAAAAUGGACAGUGUAAAUAAUAUUUUGGAAGACAUGAAAUUAACAGCAUCUAUAAUUAAUCAAAAAUCAAAUUUAUUGUCUGAAAAAAUAAGAGUAUUAAGAAACCAUAAAAAUAUAAAAGAUGAUGAAGAAUUAUUAAAUAAUGAAAAAUCUAAAAUAGCAUAUGAACAAUUCGAAUUAUAUAUGGGUAAAUUAGAAUAUGGUAUAUCUGAUAUAAAUCGUUUAAAUGUUAAGGCACAAAAAAUUUUUGAUAAGGCACAAUUUUUGAUGAAACCAAUGUUAGAUAUGUCUCUUAUAUUUAAUAAUAAGAAUUUAGAGGAAUUAAGAAAAAAAGAAGAAAAUUAUAUGGAAAAUAUUGAAUAUAUACAAGAUGAAGAAAAACAUAUUAAAUAUGAGUUAGCUAAAUUAAAUGAAGUUAUUGAAUUCGUUGAUAAAAUUGAAAAAUUGUUAAAAAAAUAUAGAAUAUAUUAUGAACAAGGGAAUUUAGAAAAUACAUAUAACAAUUCUAAUAAUAUCAAAGGUCGUAUUGAAGAAACAAAAGAUUCAUUAAAUAUAUUAGUUACUAUAUUUUCAUCUAUAAAAAAUAGCACAUAUUUAAAAAAUCAUACUGUUAAAAUGGAAAAUUUAAAUAGUUAUAUAAAUAAAGUGAAUGGUAUAUAUGAUAAAUUUAUGGAUUCCUACAAACUAUUACAAAAAUCUAUUAUUGAAUCUUCUAGUGAUAAUACAGGUUAUGAAGAAUUAAAAGAAGUGAACGGAAAUAUACAAAAAUUUGAAAUAAAUCUUGUAAAAGCAGAAGAAGAUAUGAAAUUAUAUUGGAAUAGUAUUAAAAAAGAUGUAUAUAAUAAAUUGAUAUAUUAUAUUAAAGAUAUGUUAUUAGAAUUAGACAAACGAUGUAAAUCAGUUGAUAAAAUAUUAAAUGAUGGUUUUGAAUUUAUAAAUAAAUGUUCUCAAGAUAGCAAUAGCAUGGAUGAUGAUAAUAGUAUAUAUAAUGAAUUAAAUAAAGCAAUUAAUAAAUAUAAAGAAAUACAUGCAGAGUCUAAUUUUGUUUGUAAAAAUGAAGCAGAAAGUUUGUUUGGAAUUAUUGUAAAGUCUUCAAAUAUUAUAGGUAUGAAAAUAAUAACAGGUUUAGGUUUAGAAUUAACCGAAGAAGUUGAUUUAGGUACUAUGUCUUUAUUAAAUUCAAGUUUACAUUUUCAUACUGCAUCUAUAAAUAAAUUGGAUUCUGCAACAGAGUCUAAUGUAUAUGAAAAAAUAAAUGAUUGUUUAAAGUCUGGUCUUGAUAUAGUAAAAUAUUCGUUUGAUGUUGAAAAGAAGAAAAGAAAAAUUAAUAGUAUAAUGGAAGAAAUAAAUAAUGUGCAUUUUCAUAUUACAAUGAAGAUUGGACUAUCUAAUAUGAUUAAUGAUUCUAGAAAUAAAAUAAGUACAGUUUUAAAUAAAAUAUAUGUAUCUUUAAAUAAAAUUAAGAAUGUAAAAGAAAUGACAUGUGAUGAUAGUAGUUAUCAUAUGCUAAUGGAAAAGGAUGAAUAUAAUAAAUUAAAAGAAUAUUAUAAAAAUUAUAAUGAAGAUAAAACGACUAUUUUAAAUAAAUUGAAUACAAAUAAAUUAAAAGAUGAUUUGAAUACUUGUAAAAAAUCCUUAGAUGAGUUACAAAACACAAUGAAAAAUACAAUUGAAGAAGAAUCUUCUAAGAUUGUUAUAAAGGAUAUAAAGAAAUCAUAUGAUGAAAUAAAUGAACGUAUUAGUAAUACAGAAAAAGAUGCGGAAGAAAUAAAUGUUGUUUUAGAAGAAUUAGUUAAGAGACAAAAUAAAUGUAAAGAAUCUUGGUAUACAUCAUUAAUUGGAAAGGUGAAUACUAAAAUAUCUUUUGACAAAAAGAGAUUCCUUGAUAGACAACAAAUUUCUCAAUCCUUUUUAGAUUCUAUGAAAAUGAAUUUUAAUAUGAUUAAUAAAAUGAUUAAUAAGAUAAAUAAUCAUUUUGAAAAAAAUCAUAUAAAUAGUUAUUCCUUAGGAAGUGUUGAGAAAACGAUGAAUUACAUAAAUGAUUCAAAGCAGAAAGGAACCACAGUUAUAUCAUUAAUUGAUGAUCUGACGAAAAUAUUAUCAAUAGAUAAUAAUAAUAAUAGUAAUAAUAAUAAUAAUAAUGAUAAUAAUAAUGAUAUAAUUGAUUUAAUAAAAAAUAAUAAAGAAAACCUUUUAAAUAAUUAUAGUGAGUUAGGUACGAAAGAAAAGGAUUUAGAAAAUAUUUAUUUAAGAAUAUUUUUUAGUAAAUUAGAAGAAAUUGAAAAAUCAUCUGAAAAAUAUUUUUCUAUAUCUAAAGCAUUUAAUGAUGUGGUAAAAUAUCAAGGACAGAAAUUAUCAGACAAUAUAAAAAAAAUGAAUAGUAUAAAAAAUAUUAUAGAAGAGAAAGAAAAGAUUUUAAAUAAUAUUAAUAAUAAUUUUACAUUAGACAAUAUUAAAGAAUUUAAUAAGGCGUAUGAUAAUAUUUUAUUUCAUAUGCGUGAUUUAUAUGAUUUAGAAGAAGCAAAAUAUGAUGUAGGAAGAAAAUUAAAUAUAUAUAUAGAAUAUAUAUAUCACAUAAGAAAUAAAUCAAAUAAUUUAAUGAAUAAUUUUCAUGAUAUUAAAAGUACUGAAUAUAUAAUGAUACAUGAAACUGAUCAAUUAAAAAAUGAUAUAAAUGAAUAUAUGAAUAAAAUAAAUACAAAUAUAAAUAAUACUAAUAAAGAACUCGAUAUAAUAUUAAGAAAUAUAAAGAUAAAUAAUAAUGUUGUAAAUAAUAAUCAUCAAAUUAAAAAAGUAAUUGAUAAUUUUUGGAUGCAUUUAGAUUCAAUAAAAUCUAAUUUUUCUAAAUUUUUACCAGAAGGUGAAAAAUUGGUUUUAAUUAAAAAUUAUUUGAAUGAUAUAAAAAAUAUAAUGAAUGAAAUUAUGGGAAAAGAACAAGUUGAUGAUAGUAUUAAAACUUGCUCCAAAAAGUUAGAUAUAGAAUUGGAUAAAAUAAAUAAAAUGAAAAAAAAUAAUGCAAUAACCGAUGAUAUGGUUGAGAAUUUAUUUUCAGUUAAAGAUAAAUAUAAAAAUGAUUUCUUAUUAACAAAAGAUAUCUUAAAAAGAGUACAAAAUAAGCAUGAUGAAAUGAAUAAGGUAUAUAAAACAUUAACUGUAAAUACUGAUAACAAUGAAAAUAAAUUUGCUCUAAAAUAUUUGAGCGAUGUAAAUGCUUUAAUUAAUGAAAUAAAAUUAUCUGUAAGUACUAUGGAAAACUUUUUGAAAAUUGUAGAUGGAAAAACAAAGAAUUUAGAAAUGUAUAGAGAUCGUAAGUUAUAUAGCAAUCAUCCAGUUACUUUUUCUAGUGAUGGUAAGUUUGAUAUUGAAGAUGAAGAAGAAGAAGAAGACGAAGAUGAAGAAGAAGAUGAAGAAGAUGAAGUAAAUGUGGAGGAUGAAAAAAAUAUAAGUAGCUCCCAAGAUACCACAUUAAGUCAUCAUGAAGUUGAAAAUAAAAAUGAAAAAGAAAAAGAAAAAGAAAAUGAUCAACCAAAUGAUAAAACAAACAGAGGACAAUUAUUAAAUGAAGAACAUGUAAAAGUAAAAGAACAUAGGAGGGAAAAUUCGAAUAAAGGUAAACAUAGAUUUAAUUAUAAUAAUUAUUCUAAUAAAGGUUUUGAUUAUUCCAAGAUUAAAUAUGCUUCAGGAUUUGCUGUUGGUUUAAUUAUUUGUUCUAGUGUUGGAUUUAUAUUUAGAAAAGAAGAGCAUAAAGAUGAAGUUGAUUUUAAUGGAAAUGCUGAAGAUUUCCAAUUUGCUAAAACAAAUAAUAUAGCAGAAAAAGAGGAAUUAAUUGAAGUACCAUUUAAUGAAAAUGAUUAUAUUUAA